AUGAGCACUGAAAGAGGCAAUAGCCAUCGAUCCAGACCGCCUAAAUACCAAAAUACGGUAGCCUACAAGAACAACAUGCACGAUACUUCGAAACGAACAAAGGAGGUCAACAAUCUCGUCAUGGAAUCUCUUUGUGCUCGAUGCAAAGGCAUUUUGGAAUGGAAGGUGAAAUAUAAGAAGUAUCGUCCGCUUUCUCAACCGACCAUG